AUGAGUGAUUCCGACGAAGAAGGUCAAAUUGAAACUCAGAUCGAUGUUCCGAUCGAAGAUAUCAUAGAGGGUUCUGAAAUUGCUAUCACGACAGCUGAUAAGGAGACUUUAAAAAUGGCAAACGAACUACUGGACUCUUUAGAGCACUCACAUAGAGUCGAUCUUUCUUUGCAUUUAUACUCUGCGUACCUUUUAAAAAGACUAUUAUACAGGGCAAAUGAGAGAAAGCACUUUUACGAAGUAAACCAAUUUGUGAAGACCCAAAUUAAGGAUAAUUGGACAAGUUGGCCCAAUCCCAACACGAUCAUUGACCCUCACGUGGAUAAAUUGUACGAAGAUAUACCGGAAGGUAUUGAAAACGUAAACAUACAGCCUGGAGAGGUUUCAGACAGAGCUUUGGUUCAUGCUUCUGAUAUGAUGAGAGUGGAAUUGGAUGCUCAGUGGCAAAAAUGUCUUUCCAAAUCAGCUUUCGAGCAUGGUGUAACGGUAGAUGUAGAUGAACUGAACAUACCGAACGAAAUAUCCCGAAAUAUUCUAGUUAAACUGGAUAGUCUAUUCGAGGGACUGCAUGAUAAAAUAGCAAAGGAGAACGAAUUUGACGUAAGGCAGGACAUGCAUUCUAACAAUAUAAGGAUAAGUCAGAUAGACGACGAGCCCAUCCAGGCCAAUCGACGAAUCAAAUUCACAUACCACGACAUAAUAUCGAGAGGUUGCGAAAUGAAUGAAGAUAUGACAGAUAUAUAUAUGAAAUCGUUGGAAUUAUACAACGAUAUUCCAGAAAAGUUCAAAAAAGGAAAGUUUAAAUUACCUAAGCAGACGUUAAAAAAGUAUAACCAGCCCAAGAAGACUAAUUCAUGUUUGAAAGAGUUGUUAAGCAAGACAAGAGAAAACUACAUACCUGUGGAAAAGUUGCUAAAGGACAAAAGGUUGACAUCAAAAGAUAAAUCCAAACUACAACAAUUAAAUCGUAAAGAAACUGAAGAUGCUUUAAACAAGAGGACCUUUUUCCAGGUCAAAGGCUAUUCAAUGGAUGAGGAUGAGCUCUCUGAUUACGACUUGGAUGACUGUCUCAUAAAACUGCCCAAUGACAAAGCCUGA